CGCUAAAACCUCGGACUAUUCUGUACUCCAGUCAUGGGCAUGUGUCUCCAGUGUGAACGCAGAUAUUAGCUUGAAUCAGAGAGCCUCCUAUUGACGUCCAGCCAAAACCUGAGAACAUUUGGGCAGCUUGUUAAAUACGGAAAUAGUUAAGCGCCUUCACCUGCCACCGAGUGUUUCCCGCUGCGGUAUGGCAGCGGCGGCGGAGGAGCCAGAGGACGGCGGCCGGAGCAGCGGCGCACCGGGAGCACGGACAGGUGAUGGGGAGCCAGAGGAGGCCGAGGAGUUCACCUGCUGGGCCUACUGCUCCGAGCUCUCCCGGCGGCAAAACGAGCAGAGGAAGGCGGGGCUGUUCUGCGACGUGACGCUGGUCUUCAGCUCCGCCGGGGACUCCGCGGACAGGGUCCAGACCCUAACCGCACACCGCUCGGUGUUGUCGGCGGCGUCGCAGUACUUCACGCUGCUGCUCGGCGGGCAGUUUUCAGAGUCCGUGUCCGGGCGGGUGGAGCUGAAGGAGUGGAGCUCCAGCACAGGACCAGAGGCAGAGACAGUGGAGAGCGUCAUUCAGUUCAUGUACACUGGACAGAUCAGGGUCACCACUGCCACCGUGCACGAAGUGCUGGAACUCGCUGACAGAUUCCUGUUGGCGCAGCUGAAGAAUUUCUGCGGAGACUUUCUGAUGAGGAAGUUGAGCUUGUCCAAUUGUGUUGCCGUGCACAGCCUCGCCCACAUGUACAGCCUGGAACAGCUGGACAAGGGCGCCGCCGAGAUGAUCAGGAGGAACUUCCACAAGAUUAUCUGCAAUGAGGAAUUCUACACACUGCCAUUUCACCUGGUUCGGGACUGGCUGUCUGACUCAGAAAUUACUGUGGAUUUUGAACAGGAGCUGUACGAGGCCAUUGUGAAAUGGGUCCGCCAAAACACAGAGGAGCGGGAGAAGCAUUUUGAGGAGCUAUUCAGGCUUUUGCGGCUGCCUCAGAUUGCUCCCACCUACCUGACACGGGUGGUGAGGAAGGAGGCCUUAGUGGGAAACAAUGCAGCUUGUCAGCAGCUGGUGUCUGACGCUCUUGAGGUCCUAGCUCUUCACCUUGAGACCCUCAAGUCAGCUGACUUAGAGCCGUGUGCCUCCUGCACGCCAGCAAUCCAGCCACGAUUCGGCCAGAACAUGGAUGUAAUCAUGGUGGUAGGUGGUGUUUCGGAAGGUGGAGACUAUUUGAGUGAAUGUGUGGGCUACUUCAUUGCUGAGGACCGUUGGGUGAACCUGCCACACAUUCACAACCACCUCGACGGACACGCCAUCGUUGUCACUGACAGCCAUGUUUAUGUGGCUGGCUCCAUGGAGCCGGGUUUUGCCAAGGUGGUGGAGCGCUACAGCCCUAACCUCAACUCCUGGGAGCAGGUCUGCAGCCUGACAACUCGUAAGCAUUCCUUUGGCCUCACAUGUAUUAAAGACAUCCUGUACGGCAUCGGUGGUCAUGGCAACUUCAGUCCCGGCUUUAAGGACGUCACUGUCUACGAGCCUGAGCAGGACGAGUGGCAAAACCUCGACCCAGCACCAAAGAUACUACGAGACGUUAAAACAGUGAGCGUGGAGGAUCGUUAUGUGUAUGUGAUGGCCAGGACCCCUGUGGACCUGGAAAAUGAUGAUGGACUGAGCACUCUGACCACUUGCUAUGACACAGAGAGUCACAAGUGGCAGGAAGUGGACUCCUUACCGCUCAUCGACAACUACUGUAGUUUUCAGAUGGCUGUUGCAAACACCAACUUCUAUCACACAGCUUCCUGCUGCGCCAAGAGCUACAAGGUCACAGCUGAAGCGGCUCAGCAGAAAAUAAGCAGAAACAUCUCUGACGACAUCCUCGACAGCCUCCCCUCAGAGGUCCUCAGUGUGGAGGGCGCUGCUGUUUGCUUCCUGGAUGAAGACGUAUUCAUCAUUGGCGGGUGGAGGAACAGCAUCAACAUGGACAAGCAGUACUGCAAGGAGGCCUACCGUUACAGUGCAGAGAGGAAGCGCUGGAUGCUGCUGCCGCCGUUACCUCAGCCACGUUGCCGGGCCGCCGCCUGCCACGUUCGCAUCCCGUACCAGUAUCUUCACGGUUGCCAGCACUACCCCAUGCCCCAGAACCUGGCUUGCCAGCGAGACCGCAUGCAGCAGAUGCAACAGCUCCAUCGCCGCACGCUCACUCUGCGCAGGCAGCUGCAGUCACAAAUCGAAUGUUGAGAUCUAAAGCUGCGCAUUCUUUGCACUUAAUCUGCUAAUAAACUCCUUGUUAUUACUGCAAUUUUA